GAUCAUUCAUCUGACAGGGCGAACUGGAGCGGAAUUUCGCCUUCUGUAGAAUACCAUCGAAUGUGAGGUUAUCAUUCGUCUCUCGAGAUGAUCAGACCCACCCUGCGCGCUGUUCAGUCAUGGCGGGUCAGGAAUGUGCGCUCCAUGUUUUACAAGGCAUUGUAAGACCGUGUUAAAACUAACCAAUUGGGAAAAUAAUGACGUGGGUUUGAUCGAGGUUUACCAAGCAAUGUAAUGGGCAGCAACUCAAGUAAACACAAGAAACGGGUGCCAAGCCAGGAGAGACGACGCAAUCCAGGCUGGCAUGGUCUUCUCUCCAAUAUUGGAAUAUCCUUUACUGAUGGACUUCGCCACCUUGGCCCACCUGUUCUGGCCACACAGGGCAUGGUGCUCGGCAGCGGAGCCCCAAUCCCUGAGGACCUCCUCCCCCCAGGACACAGCCCUCAGAAGCCUGGCAUGGAGUCGACUCUCCCUGGUUUCAUCUCUGUCUUUCUGCCUGAGUUCCCACACCGUACAUUUACUGGGCAAGACGAUUUCCAGAUCCUGGGCUUCAUAGCUAAAGGCUCCUUUGGUCCUAUCUUGAAAGUAAAGGACAGGUCAAAGGAGAAGACUUAUGCCGUUAAGGUUUUACCCAAGUCUGAGAUACUGAAGCAUGGGGUCCUGGAACAGUCAAAGGAGGAGGUCAUCAUUCAGCGGCAGCUCAGCCACCCAUUCCUCCACAAUCUGCAGGACUGCUGGCAGACCCAGCGCCACCUCUUCAUUAUGUGUGAGUACUGCAGUACUGGAGACCUGUACACUUACUGGAUACUGAAGGGCCAGUUUGGGGAUGAUGAGGUUCGGGUGUUCGCUGCAGAGCUAGGCUGUGCUUUGGGUUUCCUUCACGACUUUGGGAUCAUGCAUAGGGAUGUGAAGAUGGAGAAUGUCCUUCUGUCUGACCAAGGUCACCUGCGUUUAGCUGACUUUGGACUUUCUCGACGUCUUGCGCGGGGCGCAAGAGCAUUUACAAUUUGUGGGACAAUCCAAUACAUGGCUCCUGAAGUCCUGAGUGGGGGUCCCUACAGCCAUGCUGCUGAUUGGUGGUCUCUCGGCAUUCUGUUGUUCUCAAUGGUGACUGGAAAGUUCCCUGUACCUCCAGAGCCAGACCACUGCAACAUGCUGAGAAAGGUCAGAGACUGCCCAUACUCCAUACCCAAGACCUUCAGGCCUGCACUAGCCCUUCUGCUCACAGAGCUCCUAUGCAAGAACCCAGCCCAUCGCCUGCAUAGCCUGGAGCGCUUCAAAAGGCAGAUGUUUUUCCAUGGCACUUCCUUUGACUCUCAGCUACUACAGAAGAGACCUGUUGAAUUAAUUCUUGAACUGAAGAACCAUCCUGAUCGUCCAGUCAAAGCAAUGCGGGGCCUGUCUAUGGACUACUUCCAGAACUUUGACUGUGACAUCCUCCACUCCCCUACCAGCCCCACUGACCUGUCACCUACCUUGGCCAACAUUGACCUGAGCCAGGCUCUGGCUACAGCUCAGGGUUGUAGUGAAUGAGAUGUGCCUGUUCUACUUUGCCUCAAUACUGCCUGCAAAUUAAUGGAAACAUUUGAUAUAUACUUUGUACCGCAUGUAUACUUGGUUGUGAAAAAGCUACUGUACAGUGCAUUUGGAAAGUAUUCAGACUCCUUCACUUUUUCCAUAUUUUGUUACGUUACAGCCUUAUUCUAAAAUGUAUUCAAUUGUUUUCUUCCCUCUUAAUCUACACACAAU